AUGCAAGAAGAACGGGAGGGCGAAGCGACAGUACCCGUUGAAUGCGAAGGGAACGUGACCGCGAGAUCGAUGUCCGCUCUGUUGCGGCGCUUCUCCCUGGGCGGUGAUGGCGCCAGCUGCACGCUCGAGCGCCGGAGUAGCUCCUCCGACGGCUGUAGUCUCGAGGGCGACCAGGCCGGCGGCGGCGGCCCCGUUGUAUUCGAGCGUGAUUUUGGCGGUGGCGGCGGCGGGUCCUCCGAGAGCAAUGGGGUCGACAGAGCCGGUGGUGGUGGCGGCGGUGGUGGUCGUGGCGAUACCAAUAGAUCAGCAAAGAGGUGGGGGGAAGGCGGUAACGUUGUGCCGAAGGACGUACCAAAGGAAGUUGGUGGGAGCGGUGUGACAAACGAAGAUGAUAACGGCGCAAACAAGAACAGCAGGCGCGGCGGGGCACCAUCGCACAGGCCGGUGUUGAGCGGGGGCGCCCCGAGCAAUCCCUACGACUCCGCAGUGCAUCUGGGAGCUCAGGCGGCGGCAAGCAUGGUGGAAUUGCCAGCGAGCGAUGACCCAUGGGCCACCUCCUCGUCCUCCUCCUCUUCCCCCUCCUCCUCCCACGUGGUCAUAGUCCGAAAACGACACGACAAACGCGACGGCAGUGACACCGCCGACCGAGGACGGAUGGGGAGAGAAGAAGAAGAAGAAGACCGCCGUGGAGACCUUGAGUGCGUCGUGGACUCCAUCCCUGGCGUGCGCCUGGUCGCGACGGUAGCCGGGACCGUCGCGGGCGCGACCCUCACGGCCGCCCUAGGCGUAGCCGGGUUUACCGUGGGUGUCAUGGAAGCCGUGGUUCCGGCUCAGGCAUGGGCCGAGGGGGUACACGCCUUUCAAUCGGCACGGUUUUUGGGCGGCUGGGCCCUCGGACGCUAGGGAGAACGCUUCGCAAGGGAGGGGGGCGGAUGACAUCCGUGCAGACCCAGUCGGAGGGGGGCGGAAUGUUCUUGUAAAGGUUGAACUGUACUGUGGCCUC